UCAUUUGUGCAAUUUCAUUGAUAGGGCCAUUGAUCAGGAAUUUUUAAAAAAAUGACAUCGACAUAUAUUAUAGCACGACCUACAUACAAGUAGAUAGUAUAAACACUUCAUAGUCUGUCAUAUUCACUCGGCUGGUUCACAUGACAUGCAUGCAUAGAAAAUAUCCACAAAAUUGAUAUCAUUAUAAUGGUCAUGGUGCAGUGAUAUUAUCGGGAAAUAAUUCCAUAAAAAAGCAGUGCUAUCGAUCUGUUUGUAUAUGGUAUGCCUGUUUAAACACUGACCCUAGCAACAUGCAACUCUAAAAGCAAGGAGAGGACGCUAUGGAGUUGCUGCAGAUAGCAAAUACAAAGGACCAGAGGAUAACAAAUUAAUGCAGCAUGGAUAAAAGGCAAGAUAAAGUGGAAAUCAGGGAUAAGUAUGGAGCAGACAAAGCUGUGGAUGUUGUCAAAAGUAACAAAUCUGAGUUGUCAGUGGAUGCAGUAGAAUUUGUACCGGGAAAUUCGACUGGUAAGUCAGCACCUUUCCCAGGCUUCCAGCAGCCAUCUGUUCGGCCAAAACCAGCUUAUCAUAGAGGUGCAACUGCGCACGGGCACGAACAAGGACACAGAACAAACCAGCGUGGCAGAAAAUCACCAUCUUCCAGCUACAAUAAGCAGCCAAAAUCUACACAUAUGUCUGUCCCCCGUGGCUUCAAUUCUGAUGUAACCAGAAAGCCAACAACGCAAGCAGAUCGGCGUCGUCAUGAACCACACAGAUCGCAACGCUCGAGUGAAGAGAAUGAAGAUGUGCAGCUAAAUAGGCAAUUUCAGAAAACUAGCCUAGAAGAUCGCAGGGGUCCCCAAAGAAAACACACUGGCUGUGAACGAGCCCCAGGAGCAACUGGGGAAAUGCCAGCAGACGAGACACAAGUACAGACGGUGAGACAGCAUCUGGACAAAGGUGACAAGUUGCUGAUCAUGAUGCGGGGCUGCCCUGGCAGUGGGAAGACAACACUAGCAAGCCAGCUCAAGUUUAGUGGUGUGAUUCUCUCUACGGAUGAUUACUUCACCAAAAAUGGCCGUUACCUAUUCAGAAAAGAGAAGAUAGGAGAUGCACAUCAAUGGAAUCAAAAGCGUGCUCUAGAAAAAAUGAAGGGUGGUGUCAACCCCAUCAUCAUCGAUAAUACUAACACUCAAACCUGGGAAAUGAAGCCAUAUGUCAUACAAGGAAUUGAACAUGGUUACAAGGUAGAAAUCUUCGAACCGAACACCCCUUGGAAAUUUGAACUUGGUGAACUUGCACGGCGCAACAGUCAUGAUGUUCCAGAGGCGACCAUUAAAAGUAUGAUUGAGCGAUAUGAGCACAAAGUGACGGUGGACCAAAUUCGUCACUCACGUGGCAAGCCAAAAGCAAAAGCAGUUCGAGGGGCAUACGGUCGGUGUUGAGGAAAUUUUAUGGAGUAAAUUUUGUUAUCACAUGACACUGAAUAUAAACUGAAUUUUAGAACAAUGAAAUGAUUUGAACUGCGUUUGACAUUUAUACUGGGCUUCUGGCCAUAUUCUGAAGACGCAACUAUUUCCAUCUGCCUCGAAAAAGAUAAUAUGAAUCAUAAAAUUGACUUUCAUUUUGAUGAUUUUAUGUGCACAAUAUAGCUAUUUUGACUAUAGAAUAGUGUGAAGAAUUAUGUUCAAUUAUUGAAUUUCAUGUUACUUCAUUUUGCAAUUUCAUCUAUACUUUUAUAUGGUUUCGUCUUUAGUGACUUCAUUUUGUAAUUUCAUCUAUACUGUUAUUUAAUCAUGUCUUUUGUAGACAGCACGCAAUUCACAGGAGCGAAUUUGAUAUUAAAACAGCAGGAGUCUUUUAUGGUGCAAAUCUUUGACGAUUUGGAAGAUAUGUAUAUUGUUCAUUAUUCUAUAUUUCUAAACACAAUCAUUCUCCAAUUUUACUUGUACCUUCUGAUAUGACUUAACACAGCUUGGUCAGGAUUUACAUUUAAAGGAUAGCUCCUGGAAUAAAUCGUUGGCAGCCUUUUUGAACGAAACCAAUGGAAAUAUAUUAAAUGAGUAUUCCUCUUUACCACAAACCUUUUGAAAGUGGAAGAAAUAUAAUAGUUCAGGGAGAAAAAUUGAUAUUAAUAGUCCCUAUUUUACUGACAUGGACAGCGCCAUUUUGAGUCAAAUUUCCCUCGGUGAUGACGCGGUGUGUGCAAUGGCAGUGAUUGGCUGAAAUUCCGAAGCACCGAUCGUGCAUAUUGUGGGCUUGUCACCGCUUUUCGCGCGUGCGCAGUGUGUGAAUCCAUGUCAAUAUCCGUUUCUUCGCGAUCUCUCUCGCAUGUCUCAAGAUUUCACGCAAUUAAAUCAUUCUAAUUUCGUUUUAUUUGGACAUUCGCGUAAUAUAUGGAUUGCUUGAAUGCAAAAUGCCUCGGUGCAUAGUCCAGUUUGGCCAUCAACAUCGGGUCCAGCUGCAUCUUCAAUAGCUUGAGCCAUAGUGUCAUUGCCGUCAAUGACUCAAGCUCCCCCUCUUCAUAUUCCGGCUCAAACUGGUAGCCCUGUACACCAACAUUUCCCCCUACAUCCAAAUCUUCAUAACUCCCGCUGCUCAUCGAAGUGUCACUGCUGUCAACGUAGCUUUCAUCAUCUGAAGCCCCCUUGAUAACAAUACAAUAACACGAUCUCAAAAUAUCAAUCGGCUGACUGCUAUUGUGACAAUACUGACAAUGUGAAUUGCACACGUGACGUCACGAUUCUCCGGUUUUGGAGGAGAGAUCGCGAAAAAAGUGAGAAAAUGGCGCCCUCCAUGAACUCUGUGUUUAGUGGAUUUAAAACACCUUUAUUGGUACAAACGCAAAUUUUUGAGCGAUAUACAGUCCUAUAUUGGAAUAAUAAUGAUAUACGAAAUAUGCAGGUGCGUUAGUUUUCCCGAUUAUCGCUAUAGCGAUUUAUUCCAGGAGCUAUCCUUUAAACAAUGGUUUUAUGAUUAGUAUUAGACUGUGAACACACAUAUUUGGACUUCCAAUCUGUAUUUGUAAUUGUAACUGUCAAUGAAUUUGCUUUCAUGAAAGUUUAUUGAAUUAGAAGAAGUGAACAGAACCUACAGGACUCCAACUUAUUUCUACCACUAGUCCCUUUUCCCCCAUAACAUUAACGUCAAUUGUGGAAACUACAGAUGAACGCAACAUCAAUCGCACACACAUUUGUGACCCGUCACAGCAAAACCAGGCACAUGUCGCUCUGAGCUUGGCAGGUUGAGACGGACUGUUUAUUCAUUUCUCUAUUGUCUGCCUUUUGUGAAAUGAGCACAUCAAUAUCUUCCAUUAUCUCCUGGUGUUAUUUAGGCUCAUCUUCUGUGCGACAUGCGCCUGGUUUUGCUGUGACGGGUCACAUUUGUUAGGGA